CACCGCAAGAAGAAAAGCCACCCGUUCGUCCCCCUCCCCUAUCUCCAAGCCUUUGCCCAGGAGCUGCCUUCAUCGCAGUCACGCCCCUUCCUUCCGAGGAGCUUUCUAGCUGCCUAAGCUGGUAGACCCUCUGAUUUAUUCCUCCAUCUCCGCUCCCUUUCGCCUCAUCUUCUCUUAGUUCUCACCGCCCCCUCCACCCCCACCUCCAGUGUGUCUCGCCUCCGACCAUCCGCUGCUCCACCCUCCGGCCCGGUAUCCUGCCUGUCCACUGCCACCAAGGAGAGUCCGGACGGAGCGGUGAGGAGGGGAGCAGCCGGGAGCUGGGGCUUCCCUCCUGCCUACCCCUGGCCUCUGGCCCGGGACCGAAGCCACUUGCGCGAGCAGAGUCGUCACCUUGUCUUCGUUGCCUUCUGGGAGCUGUGGAGAAGGACAAAUAAGAUAACAGAAGUGAAAGCUUCUGUCUCCUUAGAAGAAAGGCUGAGAACUUAAGAGUGACCAGUGGUUGGACUCUUGGCGACGCUUACCCUGAACCUGAGUGUUAGGGCAGAGGGAAUCUACUGUUGCGGUUUCUGGAGCUGCUCAUAAGCAAGAAUUCCCUAUCCUGAGCAAGGCUUUAAGCCUAAAAGAAAGCAGAAAUAGGUCAAGGGCAGCCCAGGUGCCCAAUUUCUCUCUCUCUUCACAAGGCACCACCAGCAAUAGAGAUGAGAAAUUCUGAUGAACAGCCAAGUGGAGGAACUACGGUGUUGCAGCGUCUGCUACAAGAGCAGCUUCGCUAUGGCAAUCCCAGUGAGAAUCGCAACCUGCUUGCCAUACACCAGCAAGCCACAGGGAACGGCCCUCCUUUCCCCAGUGGCAGUGGGAACCCAGGCCCUCAGAAUGAUGUGUUGAGUCCCCAAGAUCACCACCAACAGCUUGUGGCUCAUGCUGCCCGGCAGGAACCUCAGGGGCAGGAAAUCCAGUCAGAAAACAUCAUCAUGGAGAAACAGCUGUCUCCUCGGAUGCAGAAUAAUGAAGAACUCCCGACCUAUGAGGAAGCCAAGGUCCAGUCCCAGUAUUUUCGGGGCCAACAGCAUGCCAGUGUCGGAGCUGCCUUCUAUGUCACUGGAGUGACCAACCAGAAGAUGAGGACUGAGGGACGCCCAUCAGUUCAGCGGCUCAAUCCUGGAAAGAUGCACCAGGAUGAAGGACUCAGAGAUCUUAAGCAAGGACACGUUCGCUCCCUGAGUGAACGACUCAUGCAGAUGUCACUGGCUACCAGCGGAGUUAAGGCCCAUCCGCCUGUUACCAGCGCUCCCCUCUCCCCACCACAACCCAAUGACAUGUACAAGAAUCCCACAAGUUCCAGUGAUUUCUACAAGGCCCAAGGGCCACCUCCCAGCCAGCAUAGCCUGAAGGGCAUGGAACACCGAGGCCCCCCACCAGAGUAUCCCUUCAAGGGCAUGCCACCCCAAUCUGUAGUGUGCAAGCCCCAAGAGCCAGGGCACUACUAUAGUGAGCAUCGUCUGAACCAGCCAGGGAGAACAGAGGGGCAACUGAUGAGGUAUCAGCAUCCCCCUGAGUAUGGAGCAGCCAGGCCAACACAGGACAUCUCAUUGCCUUUGUCAGCCCGGAACUCUCAGCCUCACAGCCCUACUUCUUCCCUCACGUCUGGGGGUUCCUUGCCCUUGCUGCAGUCUCCACCAUCCACUAGAUUGUCUCCUGCCCAACACCCCUUGGUCCCCAACCAAGGAGACCACUCGGCCCACCUGCCUAGGCCACAGCAGCAUUUCCUUCCUAACCAGGCUCACCAGGGGGAUCAUUACCGUCUCCCCCAGCCUGGCCUGAGUCCACAGCAGCCACAGCAGCCGCAGCCACACCAUCACCACCAUCACCAGCAGCAGCAGCAGCCAGGAGAAGGCUAUUCCGCUAUGCCACGAGCUCAGCAGUCGUCUGCUUCAUAUCAGCCAAUGCCAGCCGACCCUUUUGCCAUUGUUUCCAGAGCCCAGCAGAUGGUUGAGAUUCUCUCAGAUGAGAACCGGAACUUGCGGCAGGAGUUGGAAGGAUGCUAUGAGAAGGUGGCGAGACUACAGAAGGUGGAGACAGAAAUCCAGCGAGUCUCAGAGGCAUAUGAGAACCUUGUCAAGUCAUCCUCCAAAAGAGAGGCCCUGGAGAAAGCUAUGAGAAACAAGCUUGAGGGCGAGAUUCGGAGAAUGCAUGACUUCAACAGGGAUCUGAGAGAGCGUCUGGAGACGGCCAACAAGCAGCUUGCAGAGAAGGAAUAUGAGGGGUCAGAAGAUACCAGAAAAACCAUCUCUCAGCUCUUUGCAAAAAAUAAGGAGAGCCAGCGUGAGAAGGAGAAACUGGAAGCGGAGCUGGCCACUGCCCGUUCUACCAAUGAGGACCAAAGGCGACACAUCGAAAUCCGAGACCAGGCCCUGAGCAAUGCCCAGGCCAAGGUGGUAAAGCUGGAAGAAGAGCUAAAGAAGAAGCAAGUGUAUGUAGAUAAGGUGGAAAAGAUGCAGCAGGCUCUUGUACAGCUCCAGGCAGCAUGUGAAAAGCGAGAGCAGCUAGAGCACCGUCUCCGGACACGACUGGAAAGAGAACUGGAAUCCCUCCGAAUCCAGCAGCGCCAGGGCAGCUCUCAGCCCACCAACGUUUCAGAAUACAAUGCCGCUGCACUGAUGGAACUCCUUCGUGAGAAGGAAGAGAGGAUCCUGGCCCUGGAAGCUGACAUGACUAAGUGGGAGCAGAAGUACUUGGAGGAGAAUGUGAUGAGACAUUUUGCUCUGGAUGCUGCAGCCACUGUAGCUGCUCAGAGGGACACAACAGUCAUCAGCCACUCUCCUAAUACCAGCUAUGAUACGGCUCUAGAAGCUCGCAUCCAGAAGGAGGAAGAAGAAAUCUUGAUGGCUAACAAGCGUUGCCUUGACAUGGAGGGCAGGAUUAAGACCCUCCAUGCCCAGAUUAUUGAGAAGGAUGCCAUGAUCAAAGUACUCCAGCAGCGUUCCCGGAAGGAGCCAAGUAAGACAGAGCAGCUGUCAUCCAUGCGGCCAGCAAAGUCUCUGAUGUCCAUUUCCAAUGCUGGAUCAGGCUUGCUCUCCCAUUCUUCAACCCUGACUGGCACCCCCAUCAUGGAAGAGAAGCGGGAUGACAAGAGCUGGAAGGGGAGCCUAGGUAUCCUCCUGGGUGGAGACUACCGUGUGGAGUCAGUUCCUUCCACCCCUUCGCCUGUGCCGCCCUCGACUCCCCUGCUGUCGGCUCACUCCAAGACAGGCAGCCGGGACUGCAGCACCCAAACGGAACGAGGAGUAGAAUCCAACAAAACCAACGCCGUAGCUCCCAUCUCUGUUCCUGCUCCAGUUGCUGCUGCCGCAGCCGCUGCCACCACUGCCACCAACACCACCGCCAUGGUAGCUGCUGCUCCAGUGGCUGUCGCGGCUGCCGCUGCUCCAGCCGCUGCUGCCGCCACCGCCCCGUCUCCAGCAACUGCUGCUGCCGUUUCUCCGGCUGCCGCCGCAGCUCCGAUUCCAGCUACUGCCUCUGCUGUCACGGCUACUGUUGUUGCUCCUGCCGCCGCCACCGCCGCCGCCACCGCCACCGCCACCACCAUUCAGGUUGCUCCAGCUGCUCCGGCCCCGGUUCCGGCUCCAGCUCCAGCUCCGGUUCCGGCUCCGGCAGCGGCUCAGGCUUCUGCUCCGGCUCAGACUCAGGCACCAACUCCAGCUCCGGCUGCGGCUGCUCCUCCAGCUCCAGCUCCAGCUCCAGCUUUGGCUCAGGCCGAGGCUCCUGCAAGUCCAGCCGCUGGUUCUGGACCACGCCGUUUGUCUACACCAAGCCUGAGCUGCAAUCCCGAUAAGCCAGAUGGCUCUGUUUUUCACUCCAACACUCUGGAAAGAAAAACUCCUGUUCAGAUCCUGGGACAAGAGCCUGAUACAGAGAUGGUGGAAUAUCUCAUCUAAACAGUCGAAUCAAGAGCUGCAGUGUAUCAGCAAGAAUGCUUUUAAUCAUUCUUCCCUUUUGUUUGUUCUUAUUUUGAGGGUGAGGACAAGGGUUGGGGGAGGGGAUUUUUUUAAAGGAACUUUUUAUUGAAUCAACAUAGUACUUAGGUGAUACCAUACGAACUCCAGUCUGUUCUGGUACCCUUAGGGAGUACCUCUAAAGCCAGAUCCAUUCGAAUGUGCUCUAAAGUUUAUUGUUUGGGUUUAUACAACUACUAGGACUGUUAAUAGCUGGAUAUACAUCAAUGUUCUCAACGUGCUGAAAUUUGUUUCUCAUUUCCAUAUUCCAGAUCAUUCUUUUAUAGAAGAGCACAGUAUGUUUGGAAGACAGUGUGUAACAUGUAGUUCAGAAGUGGGAAGCCAGAGAGGAUUGAGGUGUGUGCUGUUUUGUAUGGUUACCACCUAGGCAGCAUCCAGAGAGAGCUCUUGCUUUGGGCUCAUGAAAGGGAAUAGUUUUAGAAGCUGUGUAAACUGGAGAAAAGGUAGGGAGUAUUGGGGUGCGGAAGGGUGCUGGAGUUAAUUUCCCCCUCCCAAUUUCCCAGCUACCCUGGGCCAGGAGAUUGUGUUUAUCUUUUAUUUCAGUGGUGCUUUGGAAGUGGGUUCUUUUGGUUCCCCUCGUGGAGGUUCAAACAUUCAUAUAUAUACUCUGGAGUAAUUUAUGCAUUUGGAUAAUUAAUAUAUUGCUUUCAGAUGCUAGGAGAGUAAAUUAGCUGAGUGAUGCACAACUUCUGUCUUAGGGAGUUAGACCAUCUGAGGCCUUGACGGACAGUUGUAUGAGGUGCUGUAUGCAGACUUGUGUAGUCUGUGUGGAGCCAGGAACACAGCUUGCUUGCCUUUCCUGAGACCAAGCUGCUUAGUGUUUAUUUCUUCUCCAGCACAAAUUCACUGGCUGUGUCACCAGUCUCAAAUUGCUAUUCAUUGGCAAAAUGAGGAAGCAUUUUUGUUGACAGGUUGAAGGCUUUGAAGUUCUGGUGACUGCGUUGAAAUAACUCGUGUUGUUUUCCCAAAUUCUUCACAUACGUCUUAAAAGACAAAUUUGGCUCUCACCUCCAGUGGAAUAGCAUCAGAAGCCCAAAGUACUGUGCUGCAGUCGGGGGAGAGGGGGCUGCAGCACUGUUCUCAGCUACCUCUUCUCACUGCCAGUGACUCCAUCUUGGAACACCUUUGGAGAGCAGCAGGAAACACACAUGUGGGCAGGGACCAACGAGGCCAUAGCCCAAGCUUUGCCUUUGGGCUGCCUCUAGGGACACAGAAGGGCUGUCUGUUGCCACAGGUCUCUGCUCUGUGUCACUUCUCUGCCCUUCAUUAAGGUGACAGAUCCACAGACAAUGUCAUUAAGAUCAGUUUUCAGGGGUAUUGGG